CAGGGGACAGCAGCUCUGUGCCUGCCGCCCGCGGCCACUAAGGAGGAAUCCCACAAAGGGCGUGUGAGGUGAGGACAUCCCGCCCCUCACCAAACCGGAUCUGUCAGCGAGGGGUCAAGCGCGGUCCGGCUCCGGCGCGGAUCCUUCAUCCUCCACACGCAGCCACGCGUUCGCUGUGGCUCCACCGGGCCCGGGAGAGCGGGAUGAAGGUGCUGGCAUGCGGAGCCCUCCUGGCCGUGCUGGCCGCAGCGCUGCAAGACCCUGACCCCACGCUCGACCGGCACUGGCAGCUCUGGAAGAAAAUCCAUGGAAAGGAGUAUCGGAACCAGGAGGAAGGGAAGCGGCGCGCGACGUGGGAGAGCAACCUGCGCCUGGUGACGCUGCACAACCUGGAGAGCUCACUGGGGCUACACUCCUACGAGCUGGCCAUGAACCACCUGGCCGACAUGAGUAGCGAGGAAGUGGCCGCUCUGCUGUCAGGGCUGGAGGCUCCAACGCCUCAAAACCGCAGCUCAUCGUGGCGCCCGUGGGUCGGCGGCCGAGCCCCGGCCGCCAUGGACUGGCGUGAGAAGGACUGCGUGACACCUGUGAAGAACCAGGGUGCCUGUGGGGCCUGCUGGGCCUUCAGCGCUGUGGGCGCCCUCGAGGCGCAGGUGAAGCUGAGGACAGGCGAGCUCAUGUCCCUGAGUGCUCAGAACCUCGUGGACUGCUCCAUGCCGUACGGCAACAAGGGCUGCGCCGGCGGCUUCAUGACCAGAGCCUUCCAGUACAUCAUUGACAACAAGGGAAUUGACUCGGACGCCUCCUACCCCUACACGGCACGGCAGAAUGGGACGUGCCAGUAUAACGUUUCCACACGAGCUGCCACCUGCUCCAAGUAUGUGGAGCUCCCCUACGCUGAUGAAGCAGCCCUCAAGGAUGCCGUGGCCAACAUCGGACCCGUGUCGGUCGCCAUAGAUGCCACACAGCCAACGUUCUUCUUGUACAGGUCAGGUGUGUAUGAUGACCCCCGGUGCACCCAGGAGGUGAACCACGGAGUGGUUGUCAUCGGUUAUGGCACUCUCAAUGGGAAGGAUUACUGGCUCGUGAAAAACAGCUGGGGUGUGCACUUCGGUGACAAGGGCUACAUCCGGAUGGCCAGAAAUCAUGGAAAUCACUGCGGGAUUGCCAGUUAUGGUUCUUAUCCACUGAUAUAGACAGAGUCUUGGCUGCAAAGCGGACUUUUGAGAUGCUAACUGAACUAUGAUGUUUUGCUUGCAUGAAUCUACUGCCUUCAAGAAUGAUUUUUUUUUGUUUGUUUGUUUGUCUUUAUGAGUAAAAUCCACUUGUUGGAAAAGUCUGUGUUACAGGCAGCAAGGGAAGCAUUGCAUGGGAGCAAUGGAAGGAUCCUGGAAAAUGAUUUACAGGCAUUUACUGCAUGCUCUUUAGUGAGGGAAAAGGCCUUUUUU